CGUAGGCGGAGGUAAACCAUGGAGAAUUUCUGGGCGGAAAGUUAUAAAAUGAGAACCAUCGAAACGCGGUGCAGCAGUGAGUCGUCAAGCGGGGGAAAGAAGGAUGACAAAUCUGGCGAAAAGCUACGGACUCUGCCUGAUGGAUGUUCUUUUGCUGAAUUUUCUGUCGUCUUUGAUGAUUCAAGAUGUGUCAUCCGCACCCAGCGCAAAGUGCGAAAUAAAGUCUUCCUGCUCCCUGUCGUCGGGCUGCCAAUUCACCAACCAGAUGACAGUAGAUCCAGGCUCCAAAAUUCCAACCAACUGCUCCGUCAACACAGGAGGGAAGGCCAAAGUCGUGACAUGGAACCAAGCGAAACAGCGAGUUGGUACAAGUAGUGGCGGCGUAUCAGAUCUGGUUUUGGAAAAAGUGAGUUCACCGGCGAGUGGAAGUUAUUCAUGUGAAUGUACCUCUGUCAAUUUUACACGCGAUCUUCAAGUCAUUCUGGGCAGUAGCACACCGAAUAUCAUAACAAAAGACAAAACGUUUGACUUGGAAUGUCACUUCGUUGGAUGGCCUCUCCCUACCACCGUAAAUUGGUACAAGGAAAAAUCGCUCGCCAAUAACGUGACCCAUACACUGAUCACCAAUGGUACCAUGAGAAUGUACCAUUCGCAAGAAAAAGCAUGGAAGAAUGGUAAAGAAAUACUUCGUAGCAGUCUUCAUUUACCAUCAGGAACCGAGGACCAAGAAGGAUUCUACACCUGCAAGGCACAGAGUACAAUUAUUGGAUGGUCCAGUAGUGCGUCAUACACGAUACAGAUGAUCUAUGAAUGUCCAUUACCACAAACCCCGACUGUUUCUUCCUCACAAAUUUCGGCAAGCAAAUUCUCUAAUGUCAGCCUAACAUGUUUAGUUGAUACGGAUGAGAGUGGCUGCCCCGAGGAGUUGUACUGGUUUAAAAACAACGACAAAACUUCGCUAGCAAGCGGUGGAAGGUACAACAUAGCACUGAAAAACACUCACACCAAAUGCCAACAGGAAUUCAUUCUGACAAUUUUUAACAUCACUAAGAAUAAUGAUGAAGGAAUGUACAGUUGCCACUGGAUAUGCGAGUACGAAGAGACUAAGAAAGCUUUCAUUGACCUCAAAGUAUCUUCUUGAUUAGCAACAGGAACCCAGCUAGUCCUGGAUCAUCGUUAUGUCCAAGUCCGCUCAUUUCUUAAUCAAAGGAACUUAAAGAAAUUGCAGCCUCAAAAAGGAACCGUUAUACCAAGUUUAGAUUAGUUCUGUUUGCCAUGAAUUUUUUAAGCUGAACAGUUUUUCUAUCAAUUCGUUGCCUGUCUCUAGCUAUCUGAGUUUUCAGUUCUCACUAUAGCAUUUCAGUGUUUGAGCGAUGCCAUGCCGUUGUUUAGAAUUAAGUGUAUAAACGCGACUUUGAAACACAAUGAAAAAUGUGCGGUGAACAUUAAAAAGUAUCUAUAAACCUGAGUCUCCAUAAACGAAAACUUGUUUUAAAGGAAACAUUACCAAUGCUUUUCAAUAAAGUACUUGCUUUAAA